UCCCAGACUACCGCUAACAAUGUCAAUUCUGUUCAGCUGCACAUUACUCGUGCUGCUUGUUCCCUUGUACUUAUAUCUCAAGUCUAGUUAUAGAUCAAAGAACCCAGCAGCCCUUCCCACAAACUGGCCAAUACUGCACAUGUUUCCUUCCACCAUAGCAAACCUCCAUAACUUGCACAACUAUUUCAGCCUGGUCCUCGCCGGAUCAGGCCACAACUUCAGGGCACAUGGCCCACCCGGGACCGGCAUGCGGUUCUUCAUCACAUGUGACCCUGCCAACAUUCGACACAUCUUCACAACCAACUACGCCAACUUCCCAAAGGGCGUGGAGUUUGCCGCUAUCUUCGACAUCAUGGACGGCAGCAAUACGCCACUGGACGGCAGCAUCUUCACUAUCGACGGUGAGCCAGCUCGCCAGCAGCGCACCAAAGUCAAGUGCAUGCUCAGCAGCCCACAGUCAGUUGCCAGGAUGGAGGCUUGCUGCCGCAACAAGGUGGAGAACAGUCUCCUCCCAUUGUUUACGCAUAUGGCGAGCACCACCACUGUGUUUGACAUGCAGGAAUUGAUGUCUAGGUUUAUGUUUGACUUGGCUGCUACACCUUACUUCGGUGUGGACCCUGGCCUUCUAUCCUCAGAUAUGUUGCCAUUGGACGCCUUGCACCCUGGAAACAUAUCCAUGGGCAUGCCGCCCAUGGACCCUGCGGUCGCCUUGGACAUAGUCAUGGAGGUGGCGUUCUUUCGGCACACCAUGCCGACUUACUGUUGGAAACUGAUGAGGUGGCUCAACAUCGGCUCCGAGAGAAAGCUCGGCAUGGCGCACGGGGUGCUAAGAGAGUUUAUUGUCGAGAUGAUGGAGAAGAGGAAGAUCAAGACAUCUCGUGUUGCUAAUGACGAGGAACAAGAGUGUAUGGAUAUGAUCUCUUACUGCCUCCAUGGCAUAGGUGACACCGACGAUGAACUGCGCCAAGCGAUGAUCAUUAGCUUCAUGCUCGCCGCAAGGGACACGGUUGGAACAACCCUGUCAUGGAUAUUCUAUAACCUUGCUCAGAAUCCAAAUAUUGUGUCCAUCAUCCGUAAUGAGCUAUCCCCAAUUGCAUCACGCAAAGUAGAAGCAGGUGCAGAUGGCAUGGUGAUGUUUGAGCCGAAUGACACUCGAUCUCUAAUUUAUCUAAGAGCAGUCUUGUAUGAGACUCUUAGAUUGUACCCACCUGCACCACUCGAGCGGAAGACGGUGGUCGCCAGUGAUAUCAUGCCAAGUGGCCAUGAGGUGCACACUAGCGACAUCAUCCUUAUUUCUCUCCACUCCAUUGGAAGAAUGGAGAGCGUGUGGGGUAAAGACUGCCUUGACUAUAACCCAAAUAGGUGGCUCUCGGAUAAUGGAGACAACCUAAAGUAUGUACCAUCUCACAAGUUCUUGGCCUUCAACUCCGGACCAAGGAUGUGCCUAGGCAAGGAUAUCGCGAUUAUGCAGAUGAAGACAGUCAUUGCCUCAACACUGUGGAACUUCGAUAUGCAAGUGAUGGAAGGGCAAAGCAUCCAGCCCAAGCCGUCUUGUAUAUUGAAGAUGCAAAAUGGGCUCAUAGUUAAGCUGAAGAAACGACACAUGUAACUUUAGCUUCUACUUAUUUGUAAGAUUGUGAUUUGUUGUAUCCCAAUAUCAAUGUAUCCUCUAUCUUGUUUGUUCAGUUUGCAUCAUGAUUCGUGCUAUUCUUAUAUAAAAAUUUCUCUUUUUUGUUUCUUCCAAACAAGAGAA